UGCCGCCCGGGCUGGGGCUGGGCAGGGCUGGUGUGGCCAGACGGGAGGGUAGCGGCCUGUGUGCGAGCUGCCCGUGCGGACCACCCCCCCGGACCCCGACCCCCAAGGGGCUUUGGAGCCUCCACCCGUCGGGAUGGCCGACAUGGAAAGGGACGCGGCCCCCAACUGCUGGGCAGCCUGCACCGGCUACACGCAGACCCGCAAGGGACUGAUCCUCAUCGCGGAGAUGAUUUUGUGUGUGGUGAUCCUAAUCUGCUACGGUGCCUCAUAUACAGUUGGCUAUUCCACAUUACCCAUAGUCGAACUCGUCAUGGCCGUCGUACUCUUCAUCAUCUUCAUGUGCAAUUUCCACCACCAGCUCAAUUUCAUCAACUGGUUCUGGACCGAUUUCUUUCGCGCUGCCAUCGCUUCCCUGCUGUUCUUCAUCACCUCCCUCAUUGUGUUGAUAAGGAGCAGGGAUGGCGUUGCCAUUGCCGCAGGGGUGUUUGGGUUUCUGGCUGCCGUUCUCUUUGCCUAUGAUGCCUACACUAUCUUCCCCUCUCUACGCAAGAGGCACACGGCUGCUCCCACAGAGUCUCCAGAUGGUGGUGUAUAGCCCGCCCCAAACUGAGGAUGGAACAAUUCAGCCCAAGCGAGACGGCCAAGUCGCCCACCAAAAUCUGAUCAUCCAGAAAUCUGCAUUCACCCAUCCCAGACUGUUCUGGCUCACUCUUCCCCACUCUUGUCUUUCCCCUCUUCCAGCUCAGGACCAUGUGCCUUAAAAAUGGGACAAUGAGUACCCCGGUUUCCCUGCCCUGGACUGUUUAGUUGGGGGCGCUGGGAUGUCCCACCUGGAUCCAAAUCCAAAUGCUUCAGUUUCCCCCUUGAGUCCCAGUCUUGGAGAUAGGUGGUAGGCGACAGAGGCUGGGACGUACAGUGAGCUUAAGGGGGAUGGGGCCCAUCCUCUCCCGCAGCAAACAGGAGGGAGGGGAGGAGGGAUAGCCCCACCAGGGACAGCGGGGAGAGGAAUGGGUCACUCGCAGUCACCUAGUGGGAAUCACUCUUCCUUAACUCACGUCCACCUGGCCGUGGUCGGAGUCGAGUGAGAAAGGCAGCGCCUCUCACCCCCGGUACAGCGGCCGGGUUUUUGCAGCUUGUCUUCCUAUUUCUUAUCGCGGUGAAUAAAUAAAUGGAUCUGGGGGCCGGGCAUCUGA